AUGUCUUCAAACGAUUUCUACAAUUCCGGCGAACAAGGUGAAUACAACGCCCCUUCGCAACAACAGCAACAGCAACAGGCUGGUGGUGAGGGCGAGAGAGGCCUUUUGUCCACUGUCAUCGGUGGCGCUGCCGGUGCCUACGGUGGCUCCAAGGUGUCCAGUCAACACAGUGGUUUGACCGGAGUCUUGGGUGCCGUUGCGGGUUCUGUUUUGGCCAACAAGGUCGAAGACCGUUUCGAAGGUAACCAAGGUGGCCAACACCAUGGCGGCCAGGGUGGCCAGGGUGGCCUUUUCGGUGCUGUCGAGAAUGCCUUUGGCGGUCACCACGGUGGCCAAGGAGGACAAGGAGGUUUCGGCGGCCAACAAGGUGGCAGAGGUGGCUUUGAAGGUCAAGGUGGAUUCGGUGGCCAACAGGGCGGAUUUGGCGGCCAACAAGGCGGAUUCGGAGGCCAGCAAGGCGGCUUCGGAGGUCCAGGCGGUCCUCCAGGUGGCUUUGGCGGUCCAGGCGGUCCUCCAGGUGGAUUUGGUGGCCCAGGUGGUCCAGGUGGAUUCGGUGGCCCAGGUGGUCAAGGUGGUCAAGGUGGAUUUGGCGGCCAGCAAGGUGGACGUUGGUAA